GUUCUACCCUGUGGUCCUUAGAGAGUCAGGCAGUCAGUGAGUUUGCGGGUUGGUCUAAGUGGUGAGGAGUGGGACAGUCUCGUCGUGCACCUAACACCAUGGAUGAUUACCCGAUGUAUGGUGUGCUUGUUGGGUUCUCCCUUUGGGGAACCCUCUGGCGUCUCCUCUUUCCUCUGGGGUUUUGGCCCACGUUCAUGUGUAGAGUAGGAACCCGAGGUGGUACCUCCACUACACCUUACACAAAGGAGGAGGAGGAGAAGAUGGCCGCCAUCCUGCAGGAGAGGAAGGAGAAGGAGGCCAAGAAGAAGGCCUUGAUGGAGAUGCAGGCGGCCAAGUUGAAAAAGAUAGAGGAGGAGAUGGCCAAAGAAAAGGAAAGAUUGAAAAAAGAAGAAGAGGAGAAGCUAAAGGAGGUGGAAGAGGAAGAAGAGGAAGAUGACCAGCCACUACAAAGGAGGAGAGAGCAACCAGGGCAGUACAGUGGCAGUAAAAGUGGGCAGAUGGAGAAGAGGAUUUCAGAAUGGGUUGCCAACCUGUCCUUGGGAGAAGAGGAGGAGGUAGCCAUGUACAUCCCCAAGGAUGAGCAGGAGGCUGCCAUGAAGGAGUGGGACGCAGAAAGAGAUGCUUUGAAGCGGCAGGCAAUGGAAGAUAAGAAGAUGAUGGAAUGGAAGUUAAGGAUGAUGAGGGAGAAGAAGAAGAGGGUGGACGCGGCGAGUGAAGCGGUCAAAGAUUUAGAGGAGGUGCAAAAACUGACUCUACAAUUGACCCCUCAGGUAGACCUCCAACAAAAGGUAGAGAUUAUUGCCCAGAGUGUUGAGCAUUUGGCCCGAGUACAGGAACAACAAUAUGAGUUUAGUCGAAGUCAGGAUAUGGUCGUGCGCUCGAUGCGAAUGGGGUUUCGGGAUUUUGCCCGUGAACUGGUAGGCGCAGUUGGGGCCGAGGUGAACCAUCGCCUUGAGAAGACCGAACGAUUCUGCGUUGGCGCCAUUGAAGGCAUCAAGGCGACAGCUCCCAAGGAAGAAGAGGUACGUCCUCGUAGGGAGCCAGUCAAAGUCAAGUUCGCCGAUUCCUACAGUGGAAAGAGGGAAGAAAACUUUGACAAUUGGGAAGCCAACGUGAAGACCUAUGUGCAUUUGCAGCAGGUUUCCCCAGAUCAGCAUGUGUUGAUAGCUAUUCAUGUGCUUAGAGAUGAGGCAGCCAGUUUCGCGAGGUCUCUAGUCCGCUCUGCCAACUGCAACGAUGAUGCAGUUGCCUACUCUUCGUUCACCCCCCUCAUUGAGUUCAUGAAAUUGUUGCGCGAGCGGUUUGCUGAUGCCGCUCGCAGUGUCAAAGCCUCAGAUAGGCUUCAGACCAUCCAUUAUCGUCAAUGGAAGAGUGCCAGGGCACUCAAGGGUGUUAUGGAUGAAUGGGUGGCUGUCCCUGACCAUGGGGCGUAUUUCCGCCCAGAGAAGGAUGGGAAGAUGGAGAAGGUCCUCCACUCCCUGACUCUCCGCGUAGAAGACAGCCUCCCAUUCGAUAUCGUCCUGGGGAUGGAUUGGGGAGAGGCAGUCGGGGCCACACUCCAUUUAAAGGAGCACGAGUGUAGGCUCCCUAGUCCUUUAGGCGAGGCUAAGACUGCCCACCUGUUCCAUGUGUCAGGAGUGGAGAACCCCCUGGCACAUUGCUGCCUUAGUGCUCCUGCGUUCGCAAGAUUAGUGAAAAAGGAGCAACUGGAGGAAAAGGUCUUUGUUGCCUAUGUUAGGCCAGUUACUGAGCCUACGGAAGAGAAGCCUAUAGACCCUGCGAUUGCCAAGCUGCUGGAGGAGUUCAAAGAUCUAACUAAGCCGCCGAUAGGAGUAGUGUCGCGGCCUAUCCAGCACUGCAUCGAAAUUGAGCCUGGCAGUAGAACUCCCAAAGGAGUUGUGUAUCGAAUGUCCCCGCGGGAGUUAGAGGAGCUUCGCAAACAGUUGGACGAGCUCCUUGAGAAGGGUUGGAUCAGGCCCAGUUCGUCUCCUUUUGGAGCACCUGUCCUCUUUGUCCCCAAGAAGGAGGGAGAGUUGAGGAUGUGUAUAGACUACAGGGGUCUGAAUGCUGUUAUAGUGAAGAAUGCUGAGCUACUGCCUAGGAUAGACGAUCUCUUGGAUCGAGUGCAGGGGGCAAAGUACUUCUCCAAGAUAGAUUUGAAGUCUGGAUAUCAUCAGAUAGAGGUGCAUCCUGAUGAUCAGUAUAAGACAGCCUUCCGGACUAGAUAUGGGCACUAUGAGUUCAUAGUGAUGCCCUUUGGACUAACCAAUGCGCCAGCGACGUUCCAGCGUUGUAUGAACGAUUUGUUUAGGCCAUGGUUAGAUAGAUUUGUUGUUGUCUACUUAGAUGAUAUCUUAGUGUUUAGCAAGACCCUUCAAGAACAUCAGGGCCAUCUCAGGCAGGUCUUGGAGAAGCUGAGAGAAGCUAACUUCAAGAUCAAUGCAAAGAAGUGCGAUUGGGCGAAGACCCAAGUUUUAUAUUUAGGCCACGUCUUAGACGGAGACGGCGUUAAGCCAGAAGAUUGCAACAUCGCAGCGAUUAGAGAUUGGCCCACGCCGCGUGCAGUGCUGCAGCAAGACGAUGGCAAUGGUUAUAGGCCCGUAGAGUUCAUGUCUGCUAGGAUGCCUUCAGAGAAGGUUGUGACAUCUACCUAUGAGAGGGAACUCUACGCUCUCAGGCAAGCAUCAAAACACUUGAAGCAUUACUUGCUUGGGAGGCACUUCAAAGUCUAUUCCGACCACGAAACGUUAAGAUGGUUGAAGACGCAGGCCAAGAUGACACCUAAGCUUACUAGGUGGGCCGCAGAGAUAGACCAGUAUGAUUUUGAGCUCAAGCCAGUCAAAGGGAAGUAUAAUGUAGUUGCGGACGCUCUGAGUAGGAGAGCUGACUACUUUGGAGCGAUAGUUCACUAUCUGGACAUCGGGAAAGACCUUCAGCAAAAGGUCAGAGAAGCGUACGCGCAGGACCCCAUCUAUAGUGACCUUCUUAAGAAGGUAAAGGAGGCCCCAGAGACCGAGCCAGAUUACCGCACUACUGAGGGAUUACUCUUCGAGAAGACUAAUGUAUUUGACCGAUUGUGCAUUCCCAAUAGUGAAGAGAUCUGCAGUCUGAUCUUAGGAGAAUGUCACGACACAGAGGGUCAUUUCGGUUGUCAAAAGACUCUAGCCAAUCUAAUGCACGCGUACACCUGGUCGGGUAUGAAGAAUGACUGCAUAGAAUAUGUUCGCAGUUGUAAAGUCUGCCAACGGAAUAAGACUACUGCGCGUGCCCCGCUAGGUCUUCUCAGACCCUUACCUAUCCCUGAUCAGCCCGGAGAUUUAGUGUCCAUCGACUUCAUGGAGGCGGGCGUCAAGAGUAGAUAUGACAAGAGCCAAGUCAUGGUGAUAGUCGAUAGAUUCAGUAAGUAUGCUGUUUUUGUUCCCUUGCCUUCAGAGGCACGAACAGAGUUAGUCAUUCGCAAUUUUUUUGAUCAUUGGGUCAGUGAGCAUGGGGUCCCAUUGUCCAUAGUUAGUGAUAGAGACACCCGGUUCACGAGUCAGAACUGGCAGGAGUUGAUGAAAGUCUAUGGCUCUAAGUUGCUAAUGUCAUCUGGUCGUCAUCCAGAGACCAGCGGUCAGACUGAACAGAUGAAUAAGAUCCUGCAGCAAGUUCUAAGAAUGUACAUUAGGCCAGAUCAAGUUGACUGGGAUGAGAUGCUUCCCAAGGUAGCCAGUGCUUACAACAAUAGUGUGCCUCUGUCUACGUGCCACACUCCCAACGAACUGCACAAGUCCUUCAGACCGCGCAGACCAUUUGAGGGACUUAAUCGGGAUCAUAUCCAUAGGCUACCGCCCGGUACUAGGGAGUUUGCUAUACAGCACGAGAAAGAACUAGAUACCAUUGUAGAGAACCUCAGGAAGGCCCAACAUAGGAUGAUAGAGCAAGCCAACAAACAUCGUCGCCCCUCACAUUUCCAAGUAGGCGACUUAGUCUGGGUCAGCGCUAAAGAGUUUGCUCCUGAGGAGAACAUCUCGCAAAAGUUACUGCCUACAUAUAGAGGGGCAUGGCCAGUUCUAGAAUUCAAAGGUGGCGAGGAUGGUCCGUCCUACACCGUGGAGCUUCCACUACAACUCCACACCUACCCAGUCUUUCAUGCGUCAAAAUUGUUGCCAUGCACAGUGAGUGAUCAGUUCCCGUCUAGACGAUCCAUGAUCCCACCAGAUAUGGAUGGAAGGUAUGACAUUGACAGCAUUGUAGGUGAAGAUGUGUUUAGAACAGGGGGUAGGGGUCGUCCUCAGAAACAGUACAAGGUCCGAUUUGCUUAUCAGGAACCCGAAGACGACCGGUGGUUUACUAGAUCUGAACUUCUAGAAACAGCUCCCGACAUAGUGCACGCUUAUGAACGGGACAAGAAGGGUAAAGCUCCUUGGCGAGUUCGACAACGCUCCCACAACUGGACACUUUGGAGUCAAUCGUGCGAUUGGCCGACUUCGCGAGCGCUUUUGGUGGCCUGUCCUUCUCGGCGACGUCACAUGCUAUUGCAAGUCAUGCGAGGUUUGCCGACGUUGCAAAUCCCGCAAUCAUCGUCCUUUCGGCGAGUUGCGACCAUUACCGGUCCCCUUAGGACGAGGGAAUUGAUUGCCAUGGACAUCACCGGGCCGUUCCCCAAGCACAAAACCAGUGUGGAUGGGAUUCUCACGGUGCUCGAUCGACUCACCAAGUUUGCAAUGUUUUUGCCUUGUCGCUAUCACGCCAAGGCACCAGGGUUGGCCGAGGUUCUCUACGCCGGUUGGAUUUAUACCAAGGGUUACCCUAAGGAAAUCGUUAGCGACCAUGACACUCGGUUCAUGUUCGACUUUCGGUUGGCGCUCAUCAAACAAUGGGGCUUAUCUUUCAAGCCGAGUUCGGCUCGCCACCCACAAACCGAUGGCCAAAUGGAGAGGGCGCAUGAAACCGCACAGGUUUUUCUUCGCACUCUCAUCCGUCCCGACCAAAAGGAUUGGGUUGAGCGGCUGUUUGACAUCGAGUUGGCUUAUAACUCGUCCAUUCAUCCGGCUAUCGGAAUGUCGCCCUUUGAGUUCGAGCAUGGCGCGCCGGUCACAUCACCGUUGGACACGAUCAUCCCACGGACGACCGAGAGCGACGACCACCUUGUUUUCAUUCGACGGAUGCAAGAGCUCCUUGUCAAGCAACGCGACCAGAUGUUGAAGACGCAACAACGCAUGAGACGUCAAACCAAUUGUCAGCGUCUUCCUUCUCCGUUCCCGCCGACAACCUCGUUUGGGUCUCCACCGCGGAAUUCAGCCUCGAACAAGAUAUCUUGGGCAAGCUCCUUCCGACAUGAAUGGGGCCUUGACGCAUUGUAGCCCCCGGUGGUGAUGCACCUGAAGGGCCAUAUCAUUUGCCAUUCAGGUGCCGGCCCACUUGCCCAUCUACCCGGUUUUUCAUUGUUCAAAGCUGGCUCUUUCGUUUCAGUGGAAUGAGACGACUUUCCGGGGCGACGAUCGCAAGACCCACCCUCCAUGGACAGGUUUCAUGAGGUUAGCGACAUCAUUUCGCAGUGGCGCUAUGGCACCAAGCGGACAGAGUACUUAGUACAUUUCUCUUAUUGUAGCCAUAAGGCUGACCGUUGGUUGACCCUUUUGGAACUUCAGGCUACAACCCCCAAUGUUUUCACACGUUACGAACGCAAACAACAAGGCAAGCCAGCACCUUGGGCUCCACGCCGUACUCACGUC